AUGCCAAAGCAAUACCAAAGCAAAAUACCAAAGUCGAGCAAAGUGGCAGCGCCUUCAAGUGGUCGGCAAUCAUCUGCAAAUACUGAAAAAAGUCUCAGUAGAAAGCGACAAUCAUCUUCGAUUGAUUCUGAUUACGAGGAACUACCUGCAAAAAUCGUCUAUUCUGGGGCAUUCUCAGAAAAUUAUGCAUCAUCUGCUACAGCUGAGCGGACGUUUAUAACCGAUCGAAAUAGUCAAUUUCAACAGUCUCCGUGGUCCGAUUCGAUCCAGUCAGUUGCUGAAGAUCAUUGCAAAGUUGUUGAAGAUCAUGUCACGUCGACGAGCACCCCGACAACGACUUCGCGAAGUCAGCAAACAUCUACAAGUGCCGAGGAAAGACCCAUUUGGAAGCAGCCAUUAUGGUUGAAUGUUCCUGAUCGUGAGGAGUUGGCUGCCUCUAUCUCUGAUUCUGGGAUAUUCUCAAAAAGUUAUCUAUUGUAUUUAUCAAGUCAAACAGGAUCUGCUACAACUCGGCGGCCAGUUAUAACCUAUCCAAGAAUUCCUAUUAGGGAAUGUCCACGGCCCGCUUCUAUCCAAUUAUCUGCUGAUAAUCAUUGCGAAUUUGUUACACAUUGCGUUAAGCCGAUGAGGAAAAAGACAGCAGGAUGUAUUAUACUGUAA